CGCCGCCGGGCCCCAGCACCAGCCCAGGCGGCGCGCGCCCCCGCGGGCCCGGGAAAAGGAGCGCGCGCUCGCGCCGCCGCGCCAGCGCCCCCUGGCGGCCGGAGGGGGCGCAGCCAGCCCCGCCAGCGAGGCGCGCUUGCAGGAGGGCGGGCUCGGCCGCGGGUCCUCCGGGAGCCCCCUCGCCGGCCAGAGGCGCCGCCAGCAGCCGGGCAGCCGGGCGGGCAUGCGGGCGGGAGAGGCGGCGCGCCAGCUGUAGCCGCGCCCGCGCGCCCGCGCUCCCCGCAGCCGCAGCAGCAGCAGCAGCAGCAGCCCCCGCGGCGGCGGCGGCGGCGGCGGCGCGCCCGCUCCCGCCUUGCCCCUGCCUGCCCGCCGCGCCCGCCCGCCCGCGGCCAUGGAGCGCGUCGGCGACGCGGCGGCGGCCCCCUGCGGGGGCGGCGGCGGGGCCCCGGGGCCCUCGGCGGGCUGCUACACCUACCAGGUGAGCCGGCACAGCACGGACAUGCUGCACAACCUGAACCAGCAGCGCAAGAACGGCGGCCGCUUCUGCGACGUGCUGCUGCGCGUGGGCGACGAGAGCUUCCCGGCCCACCGCGCCGUGCUGGCCGCCUGCAGCGAGUACUUCGAGUCCGUGUUCAGCGCGCAGCUGGGCGAGGGCGGCGCGCCGGGGGGCGCCGAGGCCGGGCCGCAGGACGUGGCGGGCGCGGCGGCGGGCGCGGGCGGCGCGGGCCCCAGCCGCGAGCUCGAGAUGCACACCAUCAGCUCCAAGGUCUUCGGGGACAUCCUGGACUUCGCGUACACGUCGCGCAUCGUGGUGCGCCUCGAGAGCUUCCCCGAGCUCAUGACCGCCGCCAAGUUCCUGCUCAUGCGCUCCGUCAUCGAGAUCUGCCAGGAGGUCAUCAAGCAGUCCAACGUGCAGAUCCUGGUGCCCCCGGCCCGCGCCGACAUCAUGCUCUUCCGCCCGCCGGGGGCCGCCGACCUGGGCUUCCCCUGGACGCCCACGCGCCCGGCCUGGACCCGCAGCGGCAUCGCGGGCAGCCUGCCGCCCGAGGACGAGGCCGCCCGCGCCGCCGGCGCCGCCGCCGUGGCCGGCCCGGCCGCCUUGCCCGUCCUGCCGGGCGUGGACCGCCUGCCCAUGGUGGCGGGGCCCCUGUCCCCCCAGCUGCUGGCCUCGCCGUUCCAGAGCGUGGGCGGCGGCGCGCCCCCCCUGGCGGGCAAGCGCGGCCGCGGCCGCCCCCGCAAAGCCAACCUGCUGGACUCCAUGAUGUUCGGGUCCCCCGGCGGGCUCCGCGAGGCCGGCAUCCUGCCCUGCGGCCUCUGCGGGAAGGUGUUCACCGACGCCAGCCGGCUGCGGCAGCACGAGGCGCAGCACGGCGUCACCAGCCUGCAGCUGGGCUACAUCGACAUCCCGCCGCCGCGCGUGGGCGAGAACGGGCUGCCGCUGCCCGAGGACCCCGACGGCCCGCGCAAGAGGAGCCGCACCCGCAAGCAGGUGGCCUGCGAGAUCUGCGGCAAGAUCUUCCGGGGCUCUCCAGAACGCCAAGCUCCCGCCCGGGGGCCCUCCGUGCCCGUGUGCGCCUGCGCCAAGCGGCCCGCUGUCCUACCGUGCGGUGCAUCGGCGGCUCCUGGGCCAAGCCCCACAUCUGCCAGGCUGGGCAAGCUCUCAGCUGAGCUGAAACCUUGGCGGGGGGUGCUCUGCCCCUGCAGCCCCGUGUACCCCCAGCAGCCCCUGGGGCCGGCCCUCUUUGGGGCUGGGGUUGAACCAGUCAGCUGCGGCCUCAGCGCCCCCUGGUCUGCCGCCCGUUCUCCAGGGAGCAGACUCGGGCCCCGCUCGGGGAUUGGCUGCUGCCUGAAGAAGGGGGAGGGGAGGCCCGAGCCACCAGGCUCUUUGCCCUGGCUCAGGGCAUACGGAAAGCUGGCCCAGCAGGCCCUGGGUUUGGGCCAGAGAGGAGGCCGGAGCGCCCAGUUCCCCUUCCUCCCGGAGAGGGACCAGCCCGGGGGGUCUCUCGGGGCCCUGGGGAGGGGGGUGGCUGGGCCCCGGGCUGUGGCUGUGUGCCCCCCCCCCCCUGCCCAGGGCCCCCGUGACCGCCUGCUCUUCCCCCCUUUGGCGGAUCAUCGUGGACACAUCAAGCAGGUGCACCGUCCGGAGGGCCUCCAAGGGUCCAGUCCGGUGCCUCCCUGGGCACGGAAUCCUGUCCCUUGCACUCACCCUGACUUUCUUUCCCACCCACAGACCUGUAACGCCUCCUUUGCCACCCGUGACCGCCUGCGUUCCCACCUGGCCUGCCACGAAGACAAGGUACCCUGCCAGGUGUGUGGGAAGUACUUGAGGGCAGCCUACAUGGCGGAUCAUCUGAAGAAACACAGCGAAGGACCAAGCAAUUUCUGCAGUAUCUGUAACCGAGGUUUCUCCUCUGCCUCCUACUUAAAGGUCCAUGUUAAAACCCACCACGGUGUUCCCCUUCCCCAGGUCUCCAGGCACCAGGAGCCCAUCCCGAAUGGGGGAGCAGCGUUCCACUGCGUCAGGACCUAUGGCAUCAAAGAAGGCCAGAAAUGCUCACAUCAGGACCCGAUUGAGAGCUCUGACUCCUACGGUGACCUCUCGGAUGCCAGUGACCUCAAGACCCCCGAGAAACAGAGCACCAACGGUUCCUUCUCUUGUGACAUGGCCGUCCCCAAAAACAAGAUGGAGCCCGACGGGGAGAAGAAGUACCCCUGCCCUGAGUGCGGGAGCUUCUUCCGAUCCAAGUCCUACUUGAACAAACAUAUCCAGAAGGUGCAUGUGCGGGCCCUCGGGGGGCCCCUGGGGGACCUGGGCCCCACUCUGGGCUCCCCCUUCUCUCCCCAACAGAACAUGUCCCUCCUGGAGUCCUUCGGCUUUCAGAUCGUGCAGUCCGCCUUCGCCUCGUCGCUCGUGGAUCCGGAGGUCGACCAGCAGCCCAUGGGGCCGGAGGGAAAGUGAGGCAGGCCUGUCCCCACUAAAGAGCAGCAGUCUGCCGAUGCGGAGAGAUGCUGUGGAUGAGGAAGGAGAUGAUGUCGUUGGGUUCUGUAGCUGAGAGAUUUUUCUUCAUUUUUAACUUCCCAGACUCCCCCCCUCCACUGCCCGCCCCCUCCCCGUUCCCGAGUACUCUGUAGAGGUAGCUUCUCAGACCGAGACCGCGCAGGGAAGUCCGCGCAGCCGAGGACCAGGGUCAGGACGCGGGGCAGCCGCAGCCAAGCGCCGCGGCCGUCGGACGCGGGGCAGCCAAACACUACGGCCGUCUCCCAGGCUCCGCCGGGAGCGGCUUCUCCCCUGGUGGAGACCCCCGAGGGACCCCGCCCCCACGGCGUCCGGGGCCCUCUCCCCCGUCCUUCCCUCCACCUUUCCCUCCCCUGCCUCCCCCCAGAAACCGCAGUAAGUUUUCCACCCACCUGCAAACACUGAUCAAUUCCCAGCUGUUCGGAACGAAUCCGGAAGCCUGUAGCAUCUAGCAGACCACGGUGCCGAGUCCUCCUCAGACUCUCGGAGGAGCCGGGCUGGGGGCCCCGGGAUCGCCGUGGGGCCGAGAGGCUCCGCCCGCCGCGGCCACCAUCAUCCCAAGCCAGUUCUUUUGGUACUUUGACCAUUCAACUUGCUGUCGGGUUUUAAUUCUCUAAUUAUUAUUAUUAUUGUUAUUAUUUUUAGGACCUGUUGUAGUGAAUUGCUACUGAAAGCCAGUCCAGGUGAUAUACAGAACUCUUUUUAAGCAGCAGUCACAUUAGGGUUAGUAUUAAAAUUUUUUUAGGCGUAUCAUAAAUAAUACCUUGGCUAGUUGAUGGUUUUGAGUCUAUGGAAAAAUUAGUUUUAUGCAAAAUUAAAAAAAAAAAGCCAGUCUGGUCGGGGCGUUCGAAGCUUGGUUUCUCCCCGGGUACCCCCCGGAGGGAGCCGCCGGGAGCCGGGGAUGCCCUGCACCGCGCCUCCGGCGCCUUGAAAAACCCAGUUUUGCUGAGUUGAUGUGAUUUGAUCUAUCAGACUGUAUUAAAAAAGUUAGUAUGUUA